AUGCUUCAAACUCGUAAGUUCCCUUCUGACUUCAGUAGAUACUUGUCUAGCGCCUUUGCCCUAACCACUAUCAGAGAUCGGCUUCCAGUUAUACUGGUAAAGACGUUGGACGAUCUUGUGAAAUACAAAAGCAAGUAUGGCAAUCCAGAGAACAAUUCUGUGAUAUCUGAAAUAUCAAAGUUGCGCUAUGAAAUCAUGACGAACAAACCCUUCGCGCCUCUUUUGCCUGAACCCGAAGCUGUGGAUAUCGCUAUCUAUAAUGAAACUUGCUCUCUCUGGUCGAAUGAAUUCGAUCUUUCAUUGAAAUUACGCUCAAACAUGCGUGCAAAAACCGCCACUCAGAUGGUAGUGGAUGAUCUGGACGCUAUCACGAAUCGCUGGCCCUCGAGCCCUUCUGCCAUCUCCGCCGAUCACAGGCGCAUCGUCGUCAUAGUGAUGGACAACACACCACCCGAAAUGUUUGCAGAUCUGGUAUUGAGCGAGUUUCUAUUAAGUGCCGGCCUGGCGGAACGAAUUAUUUUCAUGCCGAAGAUCAUGCCAUGGUUUGUUUCCGACGUCACCCAAUUCGACUUUGACUGGCUCCUAAAGGAGGCCCUUCCAGGUUGUGCUGUCUCUCAAAAAUUGGCAAGUUGGGCUGGACGUUGGUCUCAGCGCUUCCAUGAAGGUUCCUUUGCAUUGGAGCUGCACGCCUUCUGGACCCUUCCAUUUGGCUACAAUGAGUUGCAAACAAGAUCGCCCGCCCUAUAUCGUCGUCUCACCAUGGGCUGUGACGUUGUGAUAUUUAAAGGUGAUCUAAACUACCGUAAGCUGGUGGAGGAUCGUCUCUGGGACAAAGUGACCGCGUUUCAGCGCUGCUUCUUAAAUUCCCUCUCUGACGUCGCGGUGGGGCUGACAUCCGCGCGCCUCCAAGCGGUGUGCGCACUCGAUCCUCAAUGGUGGGUCAAAGGUCUCUUUGGUUUCGCUCAGCUUCUCCUCUGA